AUGGUUUUGAACAGAGGUCGCGUCUAUGGUGCUGAAUUUUACGAUGGCACAGAUGAUGAUUUGCAUCAAUUAAAUAAACGAAAUUUGGAUGAAUGGGAACCCUCCAUCGACGACGAGGCUAAUGACGAUGAUAGGAACUUAGAAUUGAGUAAGAAAGUAGUCUGGCGAGGUCCCCAAUCAUAUAAAGGCUAUAGCUCAUCAAGGGGCCAUAACAAUGGAAGGUCUGCAAGUUCCGAUUGGAAACGCUAUGGGGCAGCAAACAAACCUCAAAAGCACGUCGAUUUGGACAAGAUCGUUCGCCAUAAGGAUCGUAAAAAUGAUCUGACAUAUAGACAAGGAUUAGAAGAAUUAGCUGACCUUAUGUAA